CAUGACCUCUGCGAUAUCGGUGCAGACAUUUAAUUGCCAAAAAAUCUUGUUCAAUUAAUUCUGUAAAACAGCGAUCACUUUCAAGCUACGUUAAAAGAAAAGUAGUGAGGAAAAUGCCAUAAAUACAAGACAUUUUUAUUCUAAAGUUUCCGUUUGAAUUUUCAAAAAGUUUGCGUCGUGACAUAUGGCGUGACUACUAAGUCCCGUGACUAGGGAUGACGUCAUACUUGCGUUCAGUAGUGUCACGGAAGGUUUGCAAACGGCGUAAACGAAAUGGCCGUGAUGAGAACUUUUCUCUACUUUUUGGCAUUUGUUUCACUUGGAUCAGGCUUUGAAUGUAAAUUUAAAGAUUCUGAAAUGCCAGAUUCAGAUGAAGAUAAACUGCAGGUCCAUCUCGUUCCUCACACGCACGACGAUGUUGGUUGGUUGAAAACGGUAGACGAGUAUUAUUACGGAGCUAAUAAUUCCAUUCAACACGCUGGUGUUCAGUACAUUUUGGACUCUGUCAUUCCCCAGUUAACUGCAGAUAGUUCCAAGCGAUUUAUCUACGUAGAAAUCGCGUUUUUCGAGCGCUGGUGGAACGAACAAAAUAAAGCUAUGAAAAGGGAAGUCAAGAGACUUGUUGCAAACAAACAGUUGGAGUUUAUAAACGCUGGUUGGUGUAUGAACGACGAAGCAACCACACAUUACAAUGCGAUCAUUGAUCAAAUGACUUAUGGACUUAAUUUCGUGCAGGAGAAAUUUGGAUCAGAAGCAAGACCCCGGAUAGCUUGGCAUAUUGAUCCAUUCGGUCACUCAAACGAACAAGCUUCAAUCUUUGCUCAGAUGUCAUUUGAUGGAUUUUUUUUGGGCCGCAUCGAUUACGCCGACAAGGAACUUCGUCUGAAACAGCAGCGAAUGGAGCUGGUUUGGAGAGGAAGCGCCAAAAACCUUGAAACGGACUCUGAUAUUUUUACAGGGGUGCUAUAUAACAAUUAUGCUGCACCCCCCGGAUUUUGUUACGACCAAUCGUGCAAAGAUGCUCGGCCAGUACAAGACGACCCAAACCUCUUCGGCUUCAAUGUCGAUGAAACCGUGGAACGAUUUGUGCAAGAAACUUGUGCACAGGCAUCACAUUACAAAACAAAUCACAUCAUUUUAACUAUGGGGGAGGAUUUCCAGUACGAAAACGCAAACACUUGGUACAAGAAUUUGGAUAAACUGAUCAAAUAUGUAAAGCAGGUAAGCGGAAACAUGAUAAGCAUUAGGUCUAAUCAUUGAGCUUAC